AUGGCUCUCGAAGUCUGUGUGAAAGCCGCGGUUGGUGCUCCUCAUGAAUUCGGCGACUGUCCGUUCAGCCAUAGGGUUGUUCUGACCCUCGAGGAGAAGAGUGUUCCGUACAAAAUGCAUCUGAUCGACGUCUCCCACAAACCCCAGUGGUUCUUGGACAUAAGUCCUCAAGGGAAAGUACCAGUGCUCAAGAUCGACGGCAAGUGGGUGCCUGAUUCCGACGUCAUCGUCGACAUUCUCGAGGAGAAGUAUCCGGAGCCACCUCUCAAGACUCCUCCACAGUUUGCCUCUGUUGGAUCCAAGAUCUUCAGCACUUUCGGCACUUUCUUGAAGAGCAAAGACUCCAACGACAAUUCCGAGCAGGCCUUGCUCCACGAGCUAGAAGCAUUGGAGCAACAUCUCAAGACUCAUCACGACGGUCCUUUCAUCGCCGGGGAAAGAGUCACCGCGGUGGAUCUCAGCUUAGCGCCGAAGCUUUACCAUCUCGAAGUCGCUCUUGGCCACUUCAAAAGCUGGUCUGUCCCAAGCAGCUUGCCCGAUGUCCAUGACUACAUGAAGGCUCUGUUCUCUCGUGCCUCCUUUGAGAAAACGAAGCCCGAGGAAAAGUAUAUCAUCUCCGGAUGGGCUCCAAAGGUCAACCCCUGA